AUGGAUAUCUCGGAAGGGUUAACCCUUCUGAGCAUGUUCACUCUGAAUGUUGGUCUGGAGCCAACGGCAGCGGAGAAUCAGAUGAGAUACGCGGCAGAGCAAAAACUGCGUAACGAAAUUCUGAUCAAUGCUACCGCCUCAAUGCCUGGACGUGGGUCAAACCCAAUCACCGCCAUCACAAUGCUACAUGUGGACCAUCUUAGGGAUCUGGAUCAGUCAAAAGGAACAAUGUCUAUGUCGCUCUCUUUUCUUGUAACAUGGAUGGACGAACGAUUCCGCUGGGAUCCCAAAGACUACCAUAGUGUCAGAAGUGUCAAUGGAGACAAGCCUUCAUGGUCAUCAGCCUUCUGGGUGCCCAACAUUCAAAUUGCUGAUAUGCCGAGUUCCCAAAAGUCUCCAGGUCUCUUCAUGAAUCCAGGUGUAGAAAUCACCGUAGAGUCCAGUGGAACUGUGAAAGCGUUUGUGAGGACUUCAAUGACAAUUCCUUGUUAUUUCAACUUUGGCGAUUUUCCGAGAGACUAUCAGAACUGCUCCUUUACUCUGCUGAGCCCUUAUUAUGCUGAUGAAUUCCAAUUCAACGAUUGGUCAACUAUAAACUCUGGGAAGUACGGUACUCCUGAUCAGGUCCCAGAUACCGGAGACUUUGAGUUGAUUGGGAUGGAAGCUCGCAACUACUACCUGUUCCUAGGAACUCAAAUUGUUGAGAACUUCAAGGGAUACUCCCCAAGAUACUGUCGUGGAUUCCUUCGCUACACUCUAAUGCUAAAAAGGAUGAACAAGUUGAUUCCAACACUGAUCCACGCUCCAAUGGAUGCGAUUUCUGUAUUCGUAGGUCUAACUGGAAUCCUGCCUGAUCAGGAGGCCUUGAUGACUUUGAUUUCAUGCAUCGGAUUUUCGAUGUUGUUCGCUAUGCAAGCAGCAGAGGUUCUGCCGGAUAAUUUCAAUGGAAUGCCAACAAUUGGAAUCCUCAUCAUGGUCAUGAUGAUUGAAACCAUACUUCUCUUGACCUACAAAAUCUUCUCCAUCUAUUGUCGCAAUCGUAAACUCAAAGCUAUCAAAGGAAAAAACGAAGAUCCAUUUAUUGAUCAGAUCUACAAGUACAUCAAGAUUGGAGACAAAGGUUUGAUGGUUGCUCUUCCUCUCCAAGCCGCCUGGAAUGUCUAUUUGACUAGAAAUAUCUAA